AUGGCACGGGGCUGGGAUUGGGGCUACACGCUCAUUAUUGUGCUUUGCUUUUUAUCGAUUACUGCUACAGCAUUGACAGCGGUAGAAGAGGAGAUUCCAGAAUGCUCGACCAGCAGAUGUCUAAGUCGAUUCUCCGACCCUCCUUCACCAGCGAACCAGACGAUUUUCGACAGCUUCUGUCGAUCAGUCGUCUUUGACGACCAGCUAGAUAGGUGUCUCUAUGCAUCAUGCACCAUCAGAGAAGCAUUAGCAACCAAGAACGUCAUCGCCAGGAGCUGCGAAAUGCCCGUUCGAAACGGUGGAACAACAACCAGAGUCAUCUGCUCCACCUUCGGCGUCAUAGCCUUAAUCUCCGUUGCCAUCAGACUAACCACUCAAUGGACACGCGAAUCUCGAUUCGGCGUCGACGACUGUCUCAUUGCCAUCGCCUUCAUCGCCUCGAUACCCACCAUCGCGAUAGCCUUCCGCACCACAGAACUCGGCGUCGGAAAGGAUAUCUGGAUCGUAUAUGCAAAUGCAACUGAAAUCCUCAAGCUUUGGUAUGUCGGCAUAAUCACCUAUUUACCUGUCGUCGUCAUCACACGCAUGUCAAUCUAUGUGUUCUAUCUACGAAUCUUCUCUGCGAGUACGACGUUUCGCCGUUGGGUAUACGUGUUGAUGAUACUCAACGUACUUGCGGCAGUUUUGUUUGUCUUUCUAGGCAUAUUUCAAUGUCGACCUAUUUCGUACGCGUGGACAUUGUGGGAUGGUCAACACCGAGGAAAAUGUUUGAAUGUGCGGGCUUUGGGGGUGUCUUCGGGGUUUGUUAAUGUUGUUUUCGACUUUGUUACUUUGGUUCUCCCGAUGCCUAUUCUGUUGAAUUUGAAUAUGCGCAUCGGUCGCAAGAUUCAGGUUAUUGCCAUGUUUUGUGUGGGAGCCUUCGUCGGUAUCGUCAGCACACUCCGAGUCACCAGUUUGUUUUCAUUCUGGAACACUCGAAACUUCACCUGGGACUACAACCCUGUUCUCUACUACUCAGGCCUCGAAAUCUACGUCGGCAUAAUCUGUGCCUGUAUGCCCGCCAUGCGACAACUGGUUGAAAAAGGGUCACGGAAACUAUUUUCCGAAAAGCGAGCCAUUCUCUGUUUCGGCACCACCCCGAACAACACCACUUCCCCCUCCUCGCCUUCCAAAAACAACAAAAACAACAAAAACAAAAACUCCAAUCGUCAUUCACGCCAGGAGGCUCACGACUCAUAUCUACGACCUAGACCGUCAGUCAAAAUAGAGAUUCUUGAAACUCGCGAAGUUCGCGUCACGAGUGAGUAUCGAACACUAGAGGAGCAAUUGUCGCAACAGUCGGAUGGGAUUGCGCCGAGUAAUUGGCAGACUUUGUCGACGUUUUCAUCUUGUUCUUCACCUCCGGUUUUCCGUACUCCAGCAGAGGGAGGAGGAGGAGGAGGCACUGAGUUGGAUAUGGAGCUUGAUUUCAUCACUGCUCACCCUGAUGUAGAGAAAUCACCAGUUGUUGCACGUCAGGAUUCGGUUAGUCCUUCGACGUCACCGCAUAGAGGGUUUAAGGCACCAGAUUGAGUCCACUCGAGCUGGACAAUGUCCACAUAUAUUUCAUCAGAAGGGCUGUCCUUGUGUACGAGACAUUGCCCUCACUGAAAGGUUUGUAUGAACAACAAAUCAUGGAUCACCCUUCUAAAGCCCUGAAGGGAAUAUCCACCAGACAUCAAGUUGUGGAUCUUUCUACGUUGAGACGGGAGUCAAAUUCGAGGUGGAUUCCGAGCCACGGAAUUUUCAACUUCUAAAAGACAUCUUCAUACCACCUCGUCGGAUGUAUAUAUACUAACUCAAACAUAUCGACACCGACACCCCUCUCUAUCUGAAUGAUUAAUUCCAACAGUGUGCCGAGGAAAUACACCAUGAGGGGCGCAACUCUGUACAGACAGUCUGAGAUGGCUCCAAAGAGCGACAGCGAUAUUCGAGUCCAUACCUCUUACAGCCUUGUGUCCUGACCAAAUGGCAGACCCAUCUGGUUCAUCAAGCCGUUAUGAGGGACACGUAUCUGGCUUUUGAACUCAGACUUCUUCCUAUUGGAAUGCAUUACAUAAGCCUUCAGGGACUGUUUCGGUUCUCC